AUCAAGCGGCGCGUCGCCGGCAGCGCGGCGCUGCUCGUCGGCGCCAAGGGCAUGACGAUCGCGACGCCGUUCCUCUUCAAGGAGGCCGUCGACGGCCUCGGCGCGGUCUCCGACGCCGGCGCGCUGGACGGGGCCGCGUCGCUCGCAUUGGCGGCGCCGACGGCGUGCCUCCUGGGCUACGGCAUCGCGCGCCUCGGCGACAGCGGCCUCAAGGAGCUGCGGAACUACGUCUUCGCGGCCGUGUCGCAGCGCGCGAUCCGCGUUGUCGCGCGGGGCGUCUACGAGCACCUGACGGCGCUGGAUUUGGCCUUCCACCUGGACCGCAAGACGGGGCAGCUGAGCCGCGUCAUCGACCGCGGCGCGCGGUCCAUCAACUACCUCGUGUCGAUGACGCUCUUCAACGUCGCGCCGACGGCGCUGGAGAUCGCGCUCGUGACGUCCAUCGUCUCGUUCAGCUUCGGCCCGGCCCACGCCGCCGCGGCGCUGGGCACGGUGUCCGCCUACGUCGUCUUCACGGUGACCUACUCGAACCGGCGCAUCCCGAUUCGAAAGCGGAUGAAC